AUGUUUGAAAAAUAUCUAUUGAAAUUGUUGAUUGUAACUGUGGCCGUAAAUAUAGCUUUGGCUUGUAAUGGCUACAAGGCUAGAAUAAUUAAGGCGGAAAAUUGUGCUGGAGCCGAUGCCAUUAUUACCAUUGAAGAUGGUUUCUCGGUGAAGUUGAAUAAAAAAUGUGAAAUUGUACCCACUGGCUGUGUGAUCAAUAAACCUUUCAAGACAGCUGUCUCGAAAUACAAGGUGGUCAAGGAUGGCGUUUUGGUGAAAGAGGGCAAAUUGGAUAUGUGCACUAUGGCCGACAAUGCACCCGGUGAGGUUAGGGACUAUUUGAAAUUGUUUGGUGCUCCCGCCUCCUGUCCUGUUGAAGAUGGCAAAGUUUGCGGCGAUGAUCACACCGUGGAUCUGUCCAAAUACAAGGCUUUGUUGAGUAUGGCUCGUGGCAACAUCGUUAUCGAUUCAAAUAUUGAACAUGACACCGGUAAAUCGUGCUUCCAUGUUGAAUUGGAAAUAACCAAGGGAUAG